GGUGAGGAGAAAAGAGGGAGGGGGGAGGCGCGAGGAUGAUGGGAUAGCCAGAUUGAGUGCAUAAAAACCCCCAGCAGUCUUCAGUCGGAUGUCCUGUUGCUUCACGAGCAUCACCAAGCUCUCUAGCUCUCCAUCUUUCCACAGCGACAGAGAACAGAAUAAGACCGACCAUGAGCCACUCUUCCAUGCAUUCCUCCACGUCUUACAGGCGCACUUUUGGAAGCCCACACCCCAUCUCCAUGUCCUCCUACGCCUCUGUGUCCUCCCGUAUGCCCGUUUCUGGGGGACGCUAUAUGCGCUCAGUGUCACCUGCUGUGACAUCCCGGGCCACCACCUACCACCAACAGCGUUCCCGCCCCAGCGCUCAGCCACCUCGCCUCUCCUAUGACAAGGUGGACUUCACCCUGGCUGAAGCCAUCAACCAGGAGUUCCUGACCACCCGCAGCAACGAGAAGGCCGAGCUGCAGGAGCUCAACGACCGCUUUGCCAGCUUCAUCGAGAAGGUGCGCUACCUGGAGCAGCAGAAUGGUGCACUGCAGCAGGAGCUCAACCAGUUCAAGGGUCAGCAGCAGCACGGCCAGCCCAACCGCGCCACUGAGAUCUUCCAGGAGGAGCUGAGGGAGAUGAGGCGCCAGAUGGACGCCAUCGGCAAGGAGAGAGACCAGUACCAGCUGGAGAGGGACAACUUGGCUGAGGACCUGUCCCUGAUCAAGCAGAGGUUGGAUGAAGAAACCCAAAAGAGGGCAGAUGCUGAGAAUAACCUGGUUGCCUUCCGCAAGGAUGUGGAUGAUGCCACAUUGUCCCGUCUGGAGCUGGAAAGGAAGAUUGAGUCUCUGAUGGAUGAGAUUGAAUUCCUUAAGAAGCUCCAUGAUGAAGAAAUCCAGGAUGUACAAGUGAGUGUCCAGACCCAGCAGCUGAAGAUGGAGGUGGACAGCAGCGCAAGACCCGAUUUAACUGGUGCCCUGAGGGACAUCAGGGCUCAAUAUGAGAACAUCGCCUUAAAGAACAUGCAGGAAUCUGAGGACUGGUACAAGUCCAAGUUUGCCGAUUUGACUGAGUCUGCAAAGCGCAACACUGAUGCUCUGAGGCAGGCCAAGCAGGAGGCCAAUGAGUCCAGGAGGCAGAUUCAGUCUCUCAACUGUGAAGUUGAUGCAAUGAAGAAUACGAAUGAAGCUCUGCUGAGGCAGAUGCGUGAAAUGGAGGACCAGUUUGGCAAUGAGAUUGGAAACUACCAGGACAAUGUGGGCAGACUGGAGGACGAGAUCCGCCAUCUGAAGGACGAGAUGGCUCGCCACCUUCGGGAGUACCAGGACCUCCUCAAUGUUAAAAUGGCUCUGGACAUUGAGAUUGCCACUUACCGUAAACUGCUGGAGGGCGAGGAGAGCAGGAUUACUGUUCCCAUCUUAAAUAUCGGCAUGAGCAAUCACCUUGGAGAGCGAGACUUUGAACACACUCAAGACAGCGUGAGCAAGAGGACUGUGGUGAUAAAGACAGUUGAGACUAGAGAUGGAGAGGUGGUGAAGGAAUCCAGGAGGGAGACGGAGAGAGAUUCAAGCCGCACUGAUAGAACCGACAAGGACGACAAGGACGAGUAAAGGAAAAGUGAUUAGAAAAUGUAAAGGCCAGUGCCAUGGUAGAAAAAAAAAAACAUGACAAAAGAGAGAAAAAAACUAAAAAAAAAGAAAAAAAAAAAGAAAACUUAUCUAUAUAGCCCUCAUUCCCAUUAGUUAUGUGUUUAUCUGUCUAGCAAAGAGUCUCUCAGUAUUGGUGCAAUGAUGAAUGAAGCCCUUUAGACAGUGUCACUUUGGUGCUAUUCAAGCCACCCAACUUUUGCUUAACACGUGUCAUCUGUAGGGCCAGGCAAAACCACUUUAUUAACGUACCACCUGAGGCCUUGAUUUACAGUGCAAUCCCGUGGAAUCCUUAGACGACCACACAUUUGUAGCAGAGUAUUAAACUACAGGCUUAAAUAGCUAGUUUAAAUGCAGGAUUUUAGAAGUUUGUGUCGUAGAUAUGACUUACUAACAAACUUGCAGACACUGCCCUUUGGUCAACACACCUUAAAAGACAGACUGAGAAUACAUUAACAUGUUUGCAUUUGUUUUAGAAGCUUUGCUAUCCUCUUAUUGUGCAAACGACCAAGUCACCUAAGACAUGGAUCAUUAACAAACAUGUAACACACAGGAAAUGCUGACAGUGAAAAUAUGACAGUUACCAACUGAAAAGGCUUGUGCUGAAUGUGCUUCGCAAUGCUGUGUGUAUCCGGCACGACUGAAGAAUGAAUAUGUAAGUGCAAAUAAAGUCAAUUGGAGCUAA